CAUCCGAGAAUGCACUAUAAAAAUCAUGCAGUAACUCCUAACAAACCAGAUGUUUGCCUAAACUUGAGGUUUGAGCAGUUUAAGGUACCACCCGAGGAAAGAAACAUGGGAUUUUCGUUUGUUUUCACCACCUAUAUCAUUUUGUUGGCUUGCAUCAUUCAGAUCCAAGCCUCACUGCUUCCACUAAGCGGAGUGCAUGUUCGUCGAGAGACACAAAAGUUUCAACUCACCAUUACUGAGAGGGGAACAAGAUUUUACGAGAAAGUUGAAAUCAACGAAGAUGAGCAGAUUGCUUAUUUCAAUGUUCCUGCUCACAAUGGUCUGUCAUUGAAUGAAGAACUUUUCGACUUCAGAAUGGUAAGAUAAUCUCACGGCUGAAGAAUAGUUAAAG